AUGGUUAACACUUUCAUAUUUCUACUACAUAUACUGCCGAAUAUUGUUGGUCUUUUUCUUAAUGCUGUACUUUUCGUCCUAGCCCGAUACCGUAGUCCACAUACGAUUAAAAAAUACUCGGUGCUCAUAUUGAAUUUUGCCGUAUGCGAUUUUUUCGCCUGUUUGACGUCAUUAUUCGUUUGUCAGAGGAUUAUACCAUGCGGCACAUCACUUUUCUAUUGCUCCGAGGGACCAUGCCAAUAUUUCGGCGCACGUGUCUGCUACGUUUGCUACAGUGUAAUGCUACAUUUAUACGCUCAUACAUUAUACAGUAUGCUACUGUCGUUCUCCUUUCGAUACUAUAUACUGAACUAUCGAUCACCGACACGAAGUACAUUAAAACUGAUAAUAUUGCUCAUCUACAUCCCGUCUUUUAUCCAAAUGGUAGCGUUCAGCUUCGCCGACGAUCCUCCCGAGCAGGUGGAACCGCUGUUUCAAGCGAAGUAUCCUCAUUAUAAUUUAACUGGUCAAACGAUUACUGGUAAUAUAAAUGUGUUUGAAUGGAAAGCGCUUGGCACAAUUCUACAUAUGACGUUACCGAUAACACCGGUCUACUUUUGUAUUCUCGUGCUAAGACGUAAAAUUAUCUGCUAUUUAAAUAUGGCAAUUAUGUCGACGAAAACAAAACUUCUUCACCAUCAACUUCUGACGGCUCUUUCAUGGCAAGCAUGUCUCCCACUGUUCUAUCUUUACAGUGUGUUAUCGUACGCUCUUGGUCAAUUAGGCGUCUAUCACCAUCCAUAUAUGGAGCAUUCGACGUUCAUUUCAGUCGGUUUCAUUCCUGCGUUAAGUCCCCUCGCUUCACUUUAUUUUGUUCGUCCAUAUCGUGAAUGUAUCCGGAAAUUUUUCCUCUGUUCAAAGAAAAGAUCACGAUCUCUUAAAGAAACUUCUGAAUAUUUGAAAUCAUCACAUUCCUCGAAAUUCUUUCAUUUAUAA